UCUCUUCAUUUGCAGAUCUUCACAUUUUUAUUUUCACUGACUAUUAUUGCUACAAAUAAAAUUUCUAUAUUUAUUAAAAUUAUACAUUAGCAAAUUGCUAUCAAAUGUAUAUAAUGAGUAUGUUACGAUUUAUUUGUCAGCGAAAUAUUCAUCAAGUUCGUCACUUUCAUAAAUGUAUUAUUCAACAGACAGAAGCAGUUGCUGCAAUGAACACUUCUUUGUUGGAAUCUGUUGCUACACAAAAGGAAUUACCAGUUAAUUCUAAAAUAGAACAAAUUGCUAAUCAAAUUAUUUCUUUAAAUCUUAUAGAAGUAGCACAAUUAAGUGAAUUACUUAAAAAGAAAUUAAAUUUGCCAGAUGCAAUGCCUAUGAAUAGUUUUGUUGCUGGUCCAGUAAAAGAAGAGGAAGUUGAAGAGGCUGCAGUAGUACAAACUUCAUUUACUGUUAAGUUAAAAAGCUUUGAUGAAAAACAAAAAAUUGCUUUAAUAAAAGAAGUGAAAAACAUAUUACCAAAUUGUAAUCUUGUACAGGCUAAAAAAUUUGUAGAAAAUACACCAAGUAUUAUUAAAAGUGAUCUUUCAAAACAAGAUGCUGAUCAAUUAGCAGAUGUUAUCACAAAAGUUGGUGGUAUAGUUGAAAUUGUUUAAUUUUUUUAUUUUUUUUAUGUAUAUAUAUUUGAAAAAUAAUAUUAUUAAUCUAUUAUAAUUCUGUAAUUAUCUUUACAAGAAUAAAUUGUAAUAAAAAAAUAAAAA